CUCUUAACACAGUUCGUGUCUUAUACCGUGUGCCAAGUGUAUUUACCGUUGAGACUGUACCUGUAGGUCUUAUUGUUGUCCCUCCAUAAGUGUUUGUAUGUGUUGAUCGAGACAUUAUAUGCCACAAGAUGCAGCAAUAGUUGUGAGGGUAUCAAACGAUGAUACUGACACGUAUACUGUGGCCUCAGCUUUCUUUAACUGGAGGACUGUUGAAGACACUGUACAACACACCGUGCAUGCUGUUGGUUUCCUGCAAGAGGACGGUCGCUGAGCAGCUGGGUAUUCCUGAACCCCCUAAAGGGCCCAAGAGACCUUUCUGGAGCUUUAUGAUGAGCCAUAAACAAGACAUCCAAACAAGAUUCCCUAAACUGUCAUAUCCUGAAAUACUCAUGAAACUUGGACACAUGUGGUCGGAACUCAGUUUUGAUGAAAAGAACAAAUGGGUGCUGGAGUAUGAGAGGCAAAAGAUGGCUUAUCAGGUCAGGUAUAGAAAUUAUUUGGAAACCGUUGGCCCCGAACACAUUGAAUGCAUGAAGUACCUCAAAAAGCAGCACCAAUUGAAGAAAAAGGUUUAUUCACAGCUGGUGUCUCGAAAAAAAAAGAAAAAUUGUUCCGUUGAAAAACCCAAGUCUCCCGGCAAUGCCUUCACGAUGUACUUGAGGACAUUAGACCAAGGAAACACCAAGUUAAGGGACUUCAUGUUUGCAGCAUCCACCAAAUGGAAUACACUGCCAGAUAAGGAAAAGAACAUGUAUCAUAAGCAAGCAAAGGUUCUUGAAGACCAGUAUCAAAGUGAACUCUCAAAGUGGGAGAAGAACAUGAGAUUAAUUGGCAGAGAAGAUCUGAUACACAAUCACCAGCAGUGGGUUCAGCUAAAGGCUUCUACAACCCCGAAUAAUGGCAGUACCGAGGUGCAGGUGAAGCCCACGGCCCCCAAACCAGCCAAGGCAGCUGUCUCCAGUGAUACAAAUAAAAGAUUUCGACGCAUAGUUAUAAUAAAACGUACUUGAAUUAU